UUAUACUCUUUUGUUUGAUCAGUCCGUCCGAUCGAUCCGAUCAUACUCCAAAGGAACAAAAGGCAACGCAACGCAACGCAACCUAACCUCUGUUUCUUUUCUCUUUUUUGGUUCUGGAAAGAUGGGACGACAAUUGUGGUUGGUGGUGUUAGUGUGUUUGGGUGUCUUGGUUUCAUCGUCGUUGGGUGCUGUUCAAUCGGACGAGCUCUUAGCGGACGACGAAGAGUACGGACUCGAAGGGGGCCGAUCUCCUUCUGAUCUCCUCACUACUAGUACUAGUCCAAGUCCAAGUCCAUUUGCUGUUCCGAUAAGUAGUAGAAGGAGGAGGUCUUCAGAUCUCGAUUCCGACUCCAAGGUCCAGUUCCCCCUCGAGCACGCCUUCGGUGACUCCCACUUCUCCCUCGCCGGCACCUUCACCGCUCGCCUCAAGACCUCUUCUCAUGGCUCCCAGACUCUCACCAAACUUCGGUUUUCAAGGGAGGCUUUUACUGAAACAGACAAGGAAAAGUUCAAGAAGCUAUUGGAAGGUGAUGACUUCUACAGGAUAAGAGUACCAUCCAAUGUAUUGAGCCCUCCUGGAAGGGAGUAUAUUAUUUCGUCAGUGAAAGUGAGAUGUCUUCCGCGGGAUCGUUUGGAUGAGCAUUUUGUUAUACAUAUGGACGGUGUUAAUAUCUUGACUAUUAAUUAUGGUUCUCCUGGGGCAUGUCCAUAUCCUCGGCAAUUGAAACUUCCCUCAAAGUGGUCAUUCAAAUCACACACUGUCUUAAAGUACAGCGAGCAGGCACCAAGAACUCCAGCAUUUGCAGAAGAGAUACUUGGUGGUGAGAAUGGAGAGGGUGAAGGUUUAAAGCCACCAGAAAGGUCCUUUUUGACUAAAUAUUGGAUGUAUUUGGUCCCUCUUGGACUAAUUGUCAUGAAUGCUAUCACCCAAGCCGCGAACAUGCCUGAGGAACAGGCUUCUGGGCAAUCAGCCUCUCAAACUAGGCCAGCAGCACCGCCACCGAUCCAACAUGGGCAAAGUGCUGCUUUGAGAGGAAGAUGACAAGUCCCCUGCCCUCUCUUUUGUUGUUGUGGUGUGGUUCAGGGUUGGUUCACAUGAAGUAGAAUCUAUUGCAUUCUUUGAAUGCAUAUGAAAGACAAGCACAUUAUUGUCUGUUCUUUUAGGAAAUACUUAUAUUUAUUCUGCAGUAGCAACUCAUGUUAUCAUUUGGGAGACUGCAAUUUGUGCUUAAUGAGCAUCCAGAGAGCCCAGCUGUCACCAAGAAUUACAUGUUAUUGAUGAUCCUUGUUCGAUCA